CAGUCGAUGCAGCCGCCAUCUUGGAGAUCACGCAUGCGCUGUAAACGAUGUCUCUGCUAAGAGGUGCAAGUGGUAGUCAAGAGGAUCAGUGGCGCUUGAGCAAUGCAGAGCUCCUUGGUCAGAUUGCAGGUGCAGCUUGGGCGUCUGGUACAGAGUCGGGUGCUGAUCUAUACAAACUGUACUCAGCCGGAAGAAUAGCAUAUGAGGUUUAUCAGCGACUGAAACAAGGCGGAGACUUACGAAAGGAGCUACUACGAGCUGAAACUGUCAGGAAAAUAACGGAAUUCGUGGAGAGCAAUAAACGAAUGCCAAAAGAUAAACUUUCAGCAGAAGUUCAAAUGAUGAUUGUUCAGUUUGCUGUUCAAGUUGCAACGUUGUAGAGAGCCGACCUACUGCCUACUGACACAUCUACGUUUUACAGGCGUAUCACACAAUACUAUAUGUGCGUGUGAGUGUAAAGAACUUGUGUACGGGAUUAGGUUAUUACGUGUACUGUUCUUUAAUUUAUAUGUACGCUUUAAUAGAUAAUUAGGUAUUAAAAGCCA